AUGAUUACGGCUUUUUGCCUUACGGUGCUGUGGGCUGGUGUGGGCGCCUUUCCUUCGAAAGGGGAACAACCACUGGCUGCCUGUGCGGAGCCCGUUGCUCUUAAUGCUUCAACAAAUAUCUGGCUGAGCUACACACUUCACCCGCAUAGUAUCUACAGACCUUACUACGCGGCUGCUGCUGGAAUCGUCAACGAUACGGUAUUGAAAGACAAAGCCAUCAAGGUGGCUGAGACAGGGACUUUUCUGUGGAUCGAAUCAAACGAUGACAUCUUGAAGAUCGAUCAAGCUAUCCAAGACGUACCCUGUGGAAAUGUUCUCGGCCUCGUCAUUAAUGGUCUUUCACAUGCGGGGUGCGAUGAGACCAUUGGGGAGACGCCGGGGGCGAAGGGGACGAAACGUCAAUCCGAAUCGUAUUUAGAAAGCUUUAUUGCCCCCAUCGCAAGGCGCAUCCAGCAAUACCAAAACACAGCCUUCGCACUUAUCAUCGAACCCGAUAUCCUCCCCUUUGUAGUCCGCAACCCCUACUACAAAGAGUGCACUACAUCGCAGCUCGAAUACCGCUCCUCCAUCCCCCAAGCCCUCAAAGCCCUCGACUUACCCAACACAAUCACCUACCUCGACGCCAAACACGCCGGCUGGUUCGGAUGGAAUCCCAACCGUACCCCUUACGACACCAAAAACAUCGCCCGCGAACUCACCGUCGCAUGGGAGCGCGCAGGUGGCGCCGCACUGAAGCAGUUCCGUGGCGUGUCCGUCAACGUGAAGUCGUACAACUCAUGGGACAUGUCUCCCGGUGAGGCGUUCAGGGAUGAGAGCGCCGUGUGCGCGGAUCUAUUCAACAAGGCGCGCAACGAGCAGCGGUAUGUCGCUCUGCUCGGCCAGUCGUUCAAGGCGAUCAACUCUACGUUCCCACUCCACGCUAUCUUCGACUCGAGUCGUAGCGGUGUGCAGAGCAUCCGCCAGUAUUGGCACGACUGGUGCAAUAACAAGUGGGCGGGGCUUGGGCCUAGACCUACUCUCGAGCUCCAGCGGAGAGUGCAUGCGAGGGAUCCUAAUUUCGACGCGUUUGUUUGGGCGACGCCCGUUGGGUUCAGCGAUGGGACAAGCGAGGUGGGGGGGUUGGGUUGGCAUGCGAAUUGUUCUUCAGAGGUUGCUUAUAUUCCUAUGCCUGAGAAGGGCGCUUUUAGCCAGAAUUACUUUGAGACGUUGCUAAGGAGCUCUAGGGGCGUCAAGUCCCGUGGGUUCGGCAAUGGCGUGGUUGGGGGUGAACAGGGCGUUAAGUUGGAGAGACGCUGUGAUGGCAAGUGAGAACAACCAUGGUCUAUUGUACGCAACCCUUCCGAGUUGGAUCUCGAUACCUACCCAAGUAACACCAUGG